AUGUUUAAUUUUAACAUCGAUAUUCGCCGAGUUAUUGCCUUACCGCUUUCGUUGUUAAACACAGCUCAAGGACAUCCAAUGAAUGGAGAAACAUUUAACGGACAUUUAGUAAAUUGUGAUAAUUGGAUGAAUUUAACUUUACGAGAAGUUAUACAAACAUCGCCGGAAGGUAAUAGGUUCUGGCGAUUACCAGAAUGUUAUAUUAGAGGGAACACGAUUAAAUAUCUUCGAGUACCAGAUGAGAUUAUUGAAAUGGUAAAAGAAGAUGCAGUUAGGCAACGACAAGCUACUGGUGGUGGCGGUCGUGGACGUGGAGGAUCUCGUAGUGGUGGUGGGAAUUCUGGGCGAGGUAAAGUAUUUGAUGUUAUUUUUAAUAUUUCUAACAAUUAUUAA